AUGCAUGUGCAAGGCCGACGUGGUGCUGCCGGCACCCAAACAGAUGCCACGACAACAACAACAACGACGACAACGACAACGACAACAACAACAACCACAGCCGCGACGACAACGACCACAACCACAACCACUGCUGGUGGCAGCAAGGUUGGCGGUUUCCACGACAUUGUUGACUUUGACCUGAGCGAUGAGGCCAUUCAGGGCAGCCUGCAAUGCAUCGUGGACAAGAUGACAUACGACGCGAAGAGCCUGUCCAUGGUCCCAAUCAUCCAAAACGUGUCGCGUGUUGAGUCGCAGGUUGUGGCGGGCGUGAAGUACCGCAUCCACGCCUCCGUGACCUGGAUGGGCUACUGCCGCGACAUUGCCGAGCAGGCCCCUCUGAUGAUGCCCCUGCACGCUUCAUCAGGCAACCGCCGCCGCCGUCGCGAUGAUGAUCACGACGACGAACACGACCACGAUGAUCACGACCACGAUGAUCACGACCACGACCACGACGAAGGCGAGCACCGCGAUCAUGACGACGAGGACCACGAUCAUGAUGACGAGGACCACCACAAGCACCGCCCCCGCCUUCCCGACCACCCGCUGCCACCUGCACCCAGCCAGGACCAAGUGCCCAUCCCGCCCGAGGGCUUCAGGACCAAGGAGCAGGCCAUCAACUACGUGUGCCGGGCUCUCCUCAUGCAGUCGGAGGCGCCGCCGGCACAGAUUGUUGCCACGGUGUGGUACCAGCCCUGGCAGACCCCCGCCUGCCAGACCAUUGAGUAUGAAGUUGUCGAGGGCGCGACAGCGGAAGAUGCGCAGACCAUCCUCAUGUUUCAGCUCAGCUCCCAGCUCAGCAGCGUCAUGGACAUGGGCAACCCCUGGGACGAUUCCUCCUCGGACGACCAGUCGUGGUGGUCGCAGAACAUGGCGUACAUUGGCUGUGCCGUUGGCGCGGCCACGUUCCUCGCCGCCAUUGUCAUGCUCGCGUGCCACGUGGUUCGCCGCCGCCGCCGCAACAUGUACCAGGUUGGCCCGCUGGAGUGGUCCAAGGAUGUCACGCCCGGCGCCUACGUGACCAACGCCACCUUUGUCAACCUGGAUGACUCGUACUCCUCCUCGGCGUCCUCCCCUGUUGACAUCCCGGACACGACGCCCCUCGCCAAGAAGCACUGAGCCUGCUUGCUUGACUUUCUUUCUCUUUUUUUUUUUGUUGUUGCUUUUGGUGUCUGCGUGUAUGUGUGUGUGAAGCGUAAGUGUGGUGUCGUGUAGUGUCAAUGCACGUACAACUGUGUGUGAAGCAUAAGUGUGGUGUCGUGAAGCGUCAAUGCACGUACAACUGUGCGUGUUUCAUGUGAGGCGCGAAACCUCGUUGUUCCUUGUCAUGUCCAUUGUGUUUCGUACAAUGUGGCACAAAGACGUUGUUUCCUCUUUGCUUGCCCCCCGGUUCCCCUCUCCCAUUUCUUGUUCUUGUUCUUCCUUCUGAUGGCUGCCGCCCUUUCCUUGUGCGAGCGCGACACACGCUUUGUAUCAAUCACCUUCCUGAUUUGACCGACCCUUUCUUCCUAAUGAAUGACAGAACGACUGAAUGAUGUGCCACGCUCCCCGCUUUCGUACUCGGAGCACCACAAUAGACCGUACCUCUGAUGUCACG